CAUGGGUAUAUAUAAGUACAAAAUAUUUUAAUUUCUACAGUCAACACGUAAAGUUGCAUGCAUACAGUUAUUGAAUAAUGGAAUUUCCAGCCGCGCCGCUGAAGUCAAAUUUCUCACUAGAACUAUUUGAUUUUCUCUGCAAAAUUGUUGGCUCUGAAAAAGACGUCCGAUCACGACGAAUUUUCUUUAAAGUGCUAGAUCAUGCUUUACAGUACAGUCCUAAGUGGCGAGUAGUGACAAGUGGAAGUAAAUCAGAAGGAUUAGACUUACAAGGGAGCGACUUGGAUAUUAUGUAUAUCAACCAGGUGGACACAGUAUACAAUACACAAUCUGAAAUACCGAGUGACUUGCCAUAUGGACUCUUUUUAGAUUUCGAAAAUACACCACCGGGGUAUGUUCAAAUUGCGCUACAUUUGAAAAAAAGAAAUGGGAAAAAACUAAAUCAUGAGUACUCUGGAAACCAUAUUUUAUUAUCAAAUGAACACUACAAAAACUUAAUACAAGAAAUGAAUAUUCCAAAAGCUCGAAGCAAAAUAUUAGACGAAUUUUCAGAGAUACACGGACCUUGUUCUUCUACCAUUCGUGGAACGUUUGAUUUCUUGUCUACUUACAAAUGUCAUUCGUGGCCGACCAUAGCUGUUGAGUGGAUAACAAGACCUCGCAAUUAUGAAUGGCCACCUACAGAAUUGAUUGAAUAUAUAGUACGAGAUAAUGUCUUACUUGCUCCUAUCGGAAGUAAAUUUAAUAACAAGAAGGACAAUCCUUACGAAUGGAGAAUGUCAUUCUCAAUUGCGGAAAAAAAACUUGUUCAUUCAUUCAGUCAUACACAAAUUAUGUGUUAUGCAUUACUGAAAUAUACAUUAAAAGAAGUAUUAGUAGUUCACGAAAAAAUAAAAGAUUCCUUGUGUUCAUACUUUAUUAAAACGGUAUUAUUCUGGAUGAUUGAAGAAUCUCAGAUCUCCGAAUGGCAACCUUCAAAAUUGUUUAAAUGCUUUCAAGCAUGCAUUAAAAGACUAGUAUUUUUUAUACAGUACAAUAUCCUUCCGAACUAUUUUAUACCACAAAACAAUUUGAUAGAAGGUAAAAUAGAUGGACCUAAAAAGAAGUUUUUACUGUCAAUUUUACGCAAUUUUUUAACUAAUGGAAAUGAUUCCUUAAAACAAGUACAUACUCUUUCAUAUUUUUUUGACCAUAUUGAAGCACCUUUAACAUAUAAAAUGUUUAAAUUAAACUAUUGUAACAUAGACUCAAUCAUAUAUCCGCUUUUACAUUAUAUGCACGGGAUAGGAUAUGGAGGUAGUAAUACCAUAUAUCAGCCGAUUUAUUUAAUAAUGGCUCCUAGAAAAUGUAAGCUUUUAAAGCACAUAUGCUUCCUUUGGUUUUCAAAACUGUGCGGAUCGUUGGCGAAGCAUUAUCCAUUUAUGAUAUGCCUUAAUGGAUAUACAAAUUUACAAAAUCGAAAAUGUAAUAAAACAUUUUAUCCAGACUACAAAAAAUGCAUUUGGUAUACCAUACUUGGUACGUUUUCUGAUUCAUAUACCGGUUGGCUUCUACUGGCCGAAUUCUUUUUUCAACGCAAUCAACUAAGAAAAGCUGUGGAAAUUAUUCAACUAUGUCAAUAUAAAAGUUCGACCAAACCUCAGAUGAUAACUCCUGGUUUGAAACCACCCUCCAGUAGUAAAAUGUUGGAAAAAAUUGGAUUACAUUUUGUGCAGCGAUUUAAGCAUUCGUGUUCGGAUUUGUUUUAUCUAACCCCAAGAGGAAAGCCACAUAUAAUGUUUUAUCAAGAAGAUUCUCAAACUAUAAAUAUUGAGGAGGACGUGCUAAUUGUGCAUCCGCAGAUACGAAUGUAUUAUUUACAGUUUCUCUGCCAUCAUUAUUUAGGGAACAACCUUGAAAAAUGGAAGGCUCUUCGUUUACUGAAAGACUUUAAUCUACAAAGUACAACUUCGGUGGAUUACCUAAAUUCGAUACUGAAUUUGGGUCUAGCAAUUCGAGAAGCUGAUGAGACAAUACCUGUUUUCAUAUUAAUGGAUUUUUAUCGCUUCUACUUCAAACUUCCUCUUAUAUACAAGGAUUUGUUUGUUAAACAUUUUAAUCCUGGUAAACGUAUUGCAAAAAAUAAGGCAAUUGAGAUUCUGCAGCCCUUAGUUGAGGGUGAUUCGCUGCCGCCUGUUUUGAAAAAAGGUUUAAGCUUAGUAUCUGAUUUCUUAAAUAUUGAAUUUUAGUAACGUUUAUAAAUAUUACAAACGUUACAUACAGUUUUAAUGUCAUGUUUUCUACAAAACUUUUAAUAUCCGAGAAAAAAUUUGUGUGAAAUCUUGCAGACAAGGAGAUAGAGAGUUUUACGCUAACUAGCUGUCAUCUAACCAGAUAAUUUUAUAUAUUCAGCUACUACUUCUAACUUUCAUGUACACUACACAUUUUUUUAUAU